AUGGCCAAAGCAAAAGCAAACACUACCAUGAUCAAGAUGGUGUCAACUGCGUUGACUGGGUAUGAAAAAUGGUUCAGGAUACCCAGAAGUGCAAGAAAGUUGAACUUGAUUUUAUAUGAUCCAAGAGCCCAAAGACAUUGUUUAUUCAAAGAAGAUAGAAAGAGAAAGAUUGCUGAAUUACCGCCAAAGGAUUAUGCUAGAAGGCAUCGCUAA